AAAUAUGCAUAUAAUUAUAAUAAAAUGGGCGGUUCACAUAAAAAACACUCCAACUUCUAAACUUCGGGAUCGUGGGUACGAGACGGCAUAGGUCGUUAAGAAGACUUCAGUCGAGUUGAGUCCAUGAUCAUUCUGCGUAAAUAUUUUGUGGAGUGCUGCUGGAGAGUACAAAAGCUUUAUCUAUGUUGCCCCAGAAAGACGAAGGAAAUUUCCCAUAAUUUCUAAUUAUUUAUUGCAAUUCUAUAUCAUCCACUUUUGGUUGGUAAGUGUCUGCACAGCAUAAAGUCAGAGUGGUUGGUUGGUGGUUGGUAGCCGCUGUUGCUGCCCUGGCUGAAUUGCGGCACAUUCUUUUCUCUCCCCAACGACAACAGCGGACUAAAAUGGGUUUGAUAAUCGCAAUUCCUUCCGGAACCCUGAGUCUCAAAAGUUAGCCAUUGCACAAUUCAUCAGAUGGAUGAUCAUCAACGCCUGGAAUGCUGCGUAGUGUAUGGAAUCACGGUGCAAGAGGGCAGAGUAAUUUGAGAACAUGCAUUAUGCAGGUGAUUUUUUGAAAUGUUCCAACAUCAAGGGAUAUGUGGAAUUCGUAAUAAAUAUAUGGCAGUCCAUGUCUGGAAUGUCUGGAAUAAAUACAUCACAUAUAAAUCAUGUCUCGCAUCGCAAUAAGUGGAUUGCAAAAUGACAGUUACAUUGAUUUACAACGUUCAAAAAGUUUUCAAACUGCUCAAUAAAUGACAAUAUCUGUUGAGUUCGUCAUCCUGGAGUACAGAUGCAUGCAUGCCGAAGCAAUCUGCUGCGGUUGAGUUAUUAAACGAUCACAAGCAGCAAUUAGUCGAUGGAAUGAGUGUGAAAAUGGAUUUAGCGUGACCUUCUCCGUUAACUCGAGUUUAAACUAAGCAACAACAGAACCAACAUGCAAUGCACACACAUAAAAUGUACAAGCUCCUUCUCUGAAGGGCACUGUCACGCUUCCUUGAGCUAUCCUCCCCUAUCUCCUUUUUUCGUUCAAUUUCCACGCGCUGUUUUUGUGCUGAGAAAAGGUAUCAAAUGCAUUAAUUAAAAAUAAGCUCGUAAGCCUUCAGCAGCGAAUUGUUGUAGGAGUAACAUUUAUGAGAAACCAGAAACAUUGCGAGAGCAAAGCAAAGUUAUAGCACCCAUAAAAAAUCGCGAGGAUUUGUUCUACUACAUGUUUACCAACUGGAACUCGUCACCGGUGUUUAAUUUAGGCGAUGAUACGCUCCCGGCGGCGGCGGCAGCAGCCACCUCCCUCCGACCUCCUCCUGUUGAUGCUGCACCAAUUUCCGAAUUUCCAUUAGAAUUUGCAUAUAGAUUGGGCCCCAUAUAAAUUCCCCUUGUAAUCUUCCGUCGUGUUCCACAACACUUUUGUCUCCACUAUGUACAUAUACUUUAGCGGUAAGAGAGCUGAAAUAGGAGCGGAAAUGUCACGCAGUAAUAAUUAGUGCACGAUCUGACUUAUUUAUGUACAGAUUCUUAUCUUAAAAGUCAAAUCAAAGCUCUAUCAUUUUAAACCUUCCAUCCUUUGCCUGCAAACCGUACUAAAUAUUUAUGCGUUUAAUUAGAUUACGCAAUUUAAUUAUGUUACAUAGUUUAGUUAAAUGCUAUCCAGUUAAUCCUCAAGAAAUUCGUCAUGUGUAUGUACAAAUGUGUAUCAUGAAAACUAUCCAGUUCAGAGACCAAUUUACGCAUCAGAAAAUCCCCGACAAGUUCUGUUUUUGGGAACCUUAUCCUUUUAAAUUCUACUAUAAUUCCUUACCUUUCUAAUAACAAAACAUAAUUUCUUAAUGGUAUGCAUUGUGUAUUACACUAAACAAAGGAGAGGAAAAGCAUGCAUUAUCGUGGCAAAAACAAGAAUCAUGAGCCUCCCAAACAAAUUCCAUCGCCAUAAUAAUGGUCCGCUCGACACUAAUUUAUGGUGAAAAUGGGAAAUUUGCUGUGUUUGUGGAAUCCUUUCGUCCUUUGUUCGUGGUGCAUUACUGGAUAAGGAGUUGCUGAAGGAGUGAGAGAGCGCUUGUGAAUAAAUUACUUCAACAAAUUAAGAACAUCUCCAGACAUAACGUAAAUUAUGAUUAGUUGGAUUUUGGUUAUCCUCCAAGAAAGGAACUUUUGGCUGUGAACGAGGCGCCUACUUGAUCUCUAGAUGUAUUCUCCCAUAUAUGUGCCUCCCAUGAAAUUAAUGGCAUCAAGUUGCGUUCACGUCAGUACUAUGUGCCCAGUGUCUAUUGAUCAGUCAGCACACCUUAUUUGAUGCAAAAAUUAAUUGUUCAUUUAAAUAAUUGACCAUGAUUUUGGUGGUUGUUAACAGCGUUUUAAUCAAAUCAAUUAAGUUAUUAACGUUUUGCUGGAAGAACGCCAAUGUCAGAGGUUAAACCACUUACAUACUUGCUUACUACACAUCCACAUGCUCCUGAAAACUAAUGGUGGGUGCUUCUUCUCGUAAUAACUAAGUGAAUUGGCUCUCAUUAAUCUUCAUAUUCUCGACUCCCUCGACAAAGAAACACAGUACUAAACUCAAUUUAGUUCUAAUUUGAUUUUGUUAACUAUGUUUAGCUGCUGAUCUAAAUAAUCGGAUGCCGGACAUUUUUGUAGCCAUCGUCAUCAGUGCUGAUCCACCCACACUUAAGUCCAAAAAAAACUAGGGAGCUACAUAUUGCUCAAGUUAAAUAUAGUAUUUACAAAUAAAAUUCAAUACCAUUCGAUUAUUUAUAUGCACGAUACGAUAUACGUUUCAGGAUUGCUGAAAAAUGUCAACGUCCAUUUUGGGUUUAGUGAAACGAUUCUGACAUAAAUCGAACCUCGUUCCUUUCAUGUCUCGAAGCAUCAAAUUUCAGUACCAACCAAUACUUAUGUAAAGAGCAUGGUUUAUGAAACGGCUCAUCUUCUGUCAGUUUGACCACACUGACCUCCGCCCACUUUUAUUUAUAAAAGGCCAUCUAAGAAGUCACUUGUGCAGAAAAUUGUUCUCGUUCUUGUUCUCGUGUCUCUUCCAGAACAAGAAAUGUUGAUGUAGCCCCAACAGUUAUUCCCAGAACUGUUUGUACUUAUGCAUGUGUGCACCUCAUGGGCGGUUUGUUAUGGGUAUCACCACGUUUUAAUAUUUUUGACUGUUAUAUAUUUUGUAGUGGUUUAGUUUUCUUAUUUGCGACUGGACCAACGCAAUUUCUCUUUACGGCAUAAAAUGUGUAAAACGAGGUUGGUUUUGCGAGGUUGAAGUUUAUCAUCCUUCGGCUCCGGGUGAGUCAGUAAGGUUGGCUGGUUGGCUGGGCUGGUUUGCAGGUUUGUUGAGAUAUCGUUCUCAACCAACUCGGAUCUAUUUGCCAACUUCAGUUCCAAGUCUGCUCAAGUGCUGAAUAGAAGAAGUUCUUUGCAAAUCCAGUUCUCACUCCGCCCCACAAUUUCACUUUGUGCAAAUCCACCCGUGUUAAAGCAAUUUUACAACUGCUAUAGCAAAAUUUGCAUGCUAUUCGGUAUAAAUUGAAUUGACCUGAAAUAUCAAAAUCAUUAUUUUACAUAUUGGACAAAUAAAACAUAAGAAACAAAACAAAGUCGUCCCAGUCCGAUAUAGUUUGCAUAAAAAAUGUGAAAUGACAAAAAAUCGUAUUAAAAGAGUGACAAGUCAUUGAAACAUGUGAAUUAUUUUUAUUAAUCACAAAUUAAACUGUAAAGCUGAGUUACUUAUUUGCCAAUAAAAAUGGCACUGUCCUGAGGAUAUUACAUUAAAAAUCACCUAAAUAAAGUGUUGGUGGGAUUGGCAAAAUGGAGCCCGUUGUAGUGCCCGUAAAUCCUGGAACGAAUUUUAGCAUGGGGUGGAACGACACGGAAUUUGAUGUGGACAAAUAUUUGGAAAUCUAUCUCGGGCCUCGUUCCCUUCCUUUGACCAGUCUCAUCCCCAUGUCCAUAAUUUACUCCCUCAUUCUUCUCACCGGAGUUUUCGGGAACGUCACUACGAUGGUUGUAAUAAUCACCAACAAUUGGAUGCACACGGCCACAAAUUACUAUCUGUUUAACUUGGCCUGCGCCGACCUCACGACUCUUAUCAUAGCAAUGCCGAUGGAGUUGGGAAUUAUGUGGGUUCAGUACCCGUGGAUUUUUGGGGAAAUUGCGUGUGAUAUUCGUGGGAUUUUAACAGAGUCCACAACCUACGCAUCCAUCCUCACAAUUGUCGCUUUCACAGCGGAGCGCUACAAUGCUAUUUGCAAUCCGAUGAAAACUCAGACAAAGUCCAAGUUUAGUAGAGCUACACGAGUGAUCUGUUUAAUCUGGAUUAUCUCAAUUGCAUCCGCGCUACCCUGGGGAUAUUACACGAAGGUGAACUACGUCCUAGACCCGCACAACAACACAAUGUUAGAGUCGGCCUGGUGCGGAGUUCCAUUUGACAAGCCCGACUUAUCAUGUCAAAUUCUGAUGCUGCUUUCUACCAUGCUUUUCUUUGUGGCACCCAUGACGCUGAUUUUGAUCCUGUAUCUUCGAAUUGCCCUCGUCCUCCAUCGCAGCUCCCGCAAUGGCUCUCUGCGUCGGUGUUGCGCCACACAGCAUCAACCAAGCUACAACAAUGGCACCCCGAACAAUGGAAAUGGUCCACGUGCCCUUCCUUCCACUCCGCAACAAAGUUAUUCCAACUACAGUGCCAAACGGUGUCAGGCAGAACGGGCCCACAUGCAGAGUCGACGAGCUGUAAUUCGCAUGCUGGUUGCAAUAUGCAUAGCGUUCUUCGUCUUGUGGGCCCCGUUUCAUUCACAGCGUCUCAUGUUCGUGUACGUCACUUUAUACGGCGAAUGGACACCACUCCUCAGGGACCUCAACCAGAAUAUUUUUUACGUGGCAGGAGUAUUCUACUUUUUGAGCUCCACAACGAACCCUAUACUUUACUCCGUAAUGUCUAAACGAUUUAGACGGGCCUUUCGGGACAAGUUGUGCCAAUCUGACGGAUGCUGUCUCUGCAUGUGCUGUUCGGAAGUAGUAAUUAUCGGAGGGGGUGCGGCGUCAGCUCCACCUGGCCCCAUUCGAGUUCGACCAGGAGACUCCCAGAGCACAACCACGCGACAGAGACUAUUGGCCACCUAUACCCCAGCCAACCGAAACCUAUCCGUCAACAAUCUCAACAGGCCUCAGAGAGAACUCACGUUUGCCCCUGUUGAGAGGGCAGUUAACGAGGAGUUUUCCUCCUCAUCCAAGGAUCGAUUGCGCACUUACACAUACCACAAAGGCAACGGGACAAAGAAAAGUCAUUCCCUCCCAGACUCGGCUCUGCUUCCCCUAUGCUGCAUCAACAACUCGGACGGAGGUGGUCAACACUACAACGCUCCGACAAGUACUCAGCCAACUAAGGAAACGUCGGUGGAAUGGAUUCUCAGAAAACGACUUCAGUCCAAAAGUGAUGGAGACUCCCCUUCAAUUCUCGAGGAAUUUCAUACUCCAACUGGCGACCAGGGACUCUAUCCGCAAGGUCCAAAUCCCACUUCGAAAAAGGGGCCGAAAAAGGGAAAAUCGGCAGAUGAUCUUUGUCGAAAUACCGGAUGCGACCUGGCAAACCAUCCCGUGGAGGACGAGGAGGAAGAGGAGGGGGAAUUGGAUUUGGUAGAAGCCAAAAGCAGCUUUGGCCUUCCUACUGAAGCACUAAUCCCAAAAACUCCUACGUCGGGUUUAUCAAUUUUGACAGCGGAGAAGGAAGAACCUCCACCACCCAUUCCGAUUCUCAGCCACAAGAAUAAAUUUAUAUACAAUGAGUUAAAAGAAGAUUUGAAACUUGAAAACAUGUUGAUUACUAGCCAGUAAAUUCACGCCAAUGCUUUAUUAUUAUUCAAGUUCUUUAUGGUUCAUGUAAUUAUUACGUAUGUAUAUGCAUACUUCAAUAGCCAACCCAAUAUGUUAUACAUGUGUCAAGUGUUAUGGUAUACAUAUAUAAAACUUGUACAGAUAUUAGAAUACUUUUGGGCAUGCAAAAAAUUAAUGGAUGGUGCUAUUAUUGACUUUCUAUCACUACUAUGUACAUACAUCAAUGUGUUUGUGUAAUCUAGUCUCAAAAGAACUUGAAGCAGUCGAACUCCGACAUCCCCAACAUGUCCAACUAUCGUGUAUUUUAAUAUUAAUCAAUUUAACGUGUUGUUGAUUAUUAUUGAGGGUAUUCGUUAUUUCUUCGUAUCCUUAGUAUCGUAAAAUAAUUUACGAAGCUUACGAUCUAAUUAUGAACGCCCCACACAAAAAACAUCGUAAAAAUUCACAAUUUCAUAAAAAUUAGAUCCUUUUGCCUGUAUUUAUAAACCGCACCCGAUUUAAGCUUUAAUAAAAAUUAACUAAUCAUCAAAUCUACUUACUACAAUGCCUCGAGUGUCGAAAAAGUUAAAACUACUUAGUGAUAUUGGGGAAUAUGCUGCAGCUACCGCAAUCCUAACUGAAGAUGAGGGAGAAAUCGACCAGCAAAUUCUGGAAUACUUUGAAAUUAUUGCAGUAAUUCAGUCGCAACGGUGUUCUGUUCCGAGAAUUCGAGUCCCAAAAUCAGAUGAAUGGUACCUCAGUGUGUUGGCCUCGUAUGACGACACUCGGUUCAAGAAAUAUCUUCGUGUCACACGAUUUGACUUUGGAAGAAUUCUGGAAAUGAUUAGAUGCCACUCUGUUUUUCAAGAAGUAACGAAGAAACAAAUUCCAAUCGAAAAACAACUAGCAAUUGCUUUAUACAAGUUUGGAACCAACGGUACAGCGUCAGGAGUAGGAAACGUGGCAGCUUUAUUUGGUGUUGGAGACGGUGGCACUGUGAUGAUGUCAGUUAGACGAGUGAUUAAGGUCCGACUUUAGUUUUAAUACCUCAUACGCCUCUCAAACAUGCACAAUUUUAUUUGUGUAAAUGUAGGCUCUGCUUCAUUUAAAGAACGAUUGGAUCAAGUGGCCAUCUCAAGAAGACCGGAAGGUUAUCGAAAAUUCAAUGGAAGCUGAGUUGCCAAAGUGCAUCGGUUACAUUGAUGGAAGUCACAUUAAUUUGGAAGAAUCUCCCAACACUGAUCCAGAAUCGUACUUUGACCGGAAGCAAAAUUAUUUUAUUCAGCUCCAGGCCGUAUGUGACAACUCUAGAAAAAUAAUCAAUAUUUUUGUUGGAUAUCCUGGUUCAACACAUGACGCCCGUGUCUUCAGCAAUUCGAAAAUUGGAAAACAUCCCGAACUAUUUUUAUCUGAAGGUCAAUGGAUUGCUGGAGACUGCAUACCCGGUCACAGACAAAGUUGUUACUCCCUUUCGCAGGAACUCCAACUUUGGCAAUGAGAGACAAAGAAAGGGUUUCAAUAAAUAUUUCGCAAGUUAUCGGGUGAAAAUCGAGUGUACAUUUGGAGUCUUGAAAGCAACAUUUUGCAGUCUAAAAGAACUUCGUGUGCGCAUUAACGACGAGGGUGGACACAAACUGGCGUGCGAAUGGAUCUCUGCUUGUUGCAUUUUAUAUAACAUUAUUCUGGAGUCUCUCGACAAACCGUCUGAAGGGGAUGAUUACUUUGAAGACGAGGAUGAAAUAAACCCCCCACAUCAUCAUGUUUACCGAAAUGCAAAACGAGAGGAGAUUUUUUAUUUUGUGAUUAAUAAGUUGGGAUUGUAAUUUUUGUAAAUUAUAUUAUAUAAGUUUAUUGAGUUGCCACAUUUUUUACGAGUAAACAACUAAAAAUUUAACAAACGAAUUUUUUUAACAAUUCAUUUAAGCCUAUAAGUUAAGUGUAAGACCAAACUAAUUAAUUAUUUUGAACGGGUGUACGUAAUUUGGCAAUUUCUAGCUUGAAUUUCAUCUCUUGAUCAAUUCGAUAUUUUUCCACCUCAAACUGGUUCCGGAUUUUCUCUUGCUCUAGCUCAAACUGUUUAAACUUUACCUCCUUUUCUACUUCAAAUUGCUGUUUUUGUAGUUCAAGUUGUAGUUCUUUCUGAUGCUUGUCAAAGUCCCAUUUUUCUCGUUGAAAUUCGAUAUCCGCUUUAUGCAUUUCUUGUCGCAUGAUGAUGAGAUCUGACAACGCUUUUGAUCCUGAGGAGGGGAUCGGCGACCGAGAUUUUCGCUUAGUUCCAAUGCGAAUAAUUGGGUUAUCUUGUGACGGUCCGACUUCUUGAACGUUUGUUAAAUGGUCGUUCAAGUCAAAAAAGUUAUCCGCCGGGACUUGCUGACCGCUGUCAUUAUUUAUUUCAGAGGAAUCCAGAGUGAAUGGAGGGUUGAUGCUGAGCUUCUCUCCAAAUAUCUCGUCCAGGGUAUCAAAAUGAGGGCACAUUUGCUUAAUUGUAUCUGAAUACCGAGAAAAAUUAUACGCUGGCCUAAUCAUGAUAAGAUACUUUAAAUUAAAGCGUAUUUACCCUUAAAGUACUGCUCUCCAUGCUCCGCUAACACUCCUUGGCCUGUCUGACUCCUCCAUGUCAAAGUUUGUUGGUACUUUUUUUUCAAAUUUCCAACUUGAUGACGAACCUGGGAAGAUGAGCAGUCUGGUAGGAUCACUUUCUGAAGGAGAGUUGCAUAAAAUUAAGUAGCGUUUGGUUUUUCAAUACAUUUUCCUGAUUUUAUGACAUCCACUAAAUGCUGCAAAACAGAUUCGUUUUCAUUUGAAGUCCAACAUCUUCGUGUUUUAGUUGCUGCUUCAUCCCCGAUUUUAGUACUAGCCACUUCUCCUUCUUUUAUUUUUUUUCUCGGUGCAAUUUCUUCUACAAUUUGAUUGUGAAAUUAGUUCGUAAACACUUUUAAAACGCAUUUAAAAGUGAGAAUUUUCGGCUUUGAACUUACGAAGAAAAAACAAGGGGUCAAGCUUCGUAAACAUCGUAAGCGUAGUAACGCGUUUUUCGAUGAGAAAAUCUUACGAAGCUUACAAAAUCUCGUAAGCGUCGUAAGUUAUUUUACGAUACGAAGAAUACUAAGGAUACGAAGAAAUAAUGAAUACCCUCAUUAUUUACGAAGAAUGAACCACUUUUGUGAUAUUUGGGUAUUUUUUUAUAUUUUAUGUAGAUUGGUAUGAUUAUUACAGUACAUACAAUUUAAAUCUAUGUACGUUAAUAUAAAUAUGUAUAAAUAACCUCAAGCUCAAAACACUUUGUUAUCUUGGCUAUCUUUGUUAUCUUUGAAAUGUUAUCUUGGCCAGAUACGGAGUAAAUACUUUCUUAUAACGGUAUUAAGUACGUGUACUCUGUGCGUCAUUUAAAUUAAAUAAAACUCACAAAAAAAGUUAGGGAGUCAAACUUUCUCCCUCCACUGUGUACCUACUGUACGGUGAAUGUGUUAAAAUUAAACUUAUUGUGAUUUAAUACCUUAUUAUACAAAUUGAAAUUGUUCUUGUAAUUAUCCAGCACAGCCAACAGGCUGCAUAAGAAUGCUUUAUUUAUUUUCAAUCCUGUGUAGUAGAACACUGAUGGUUUUUUUUAUUUACGUAAUAAAAUGAUUUUCAUCAAACAUAUUAUAUA